AUGGUGCCAGAUGCCCAAAAAGGUCCUUUCUUGCCUUUUGUAUUUGUACGUCAAAACGUUUGGAACAACGAACAAGUUGAUCUAUAUUGGGGCUUUACCAUUGGACCAACGUUGCUCAACCGCACCGCGUUGGAUCAACGUGGACCAACAUAUUGGUGGAAUAUCGAACAACCAAGUAUCGGUGAACGAUGCUGGCCAGUGUACUGGCCAGGCCUCCAAAAAAUGAGUGUUGGUAAGCAGAUGCUGGCCAAUACGUUACCCAAGUCUGCAGGCUCGGAAAUUCCGACACGGGAACGUCCACUCACUGCACGGUGUGACACGCAUCAUUUUUAUCAUAGACGAUUUUAUUGAUUCAAUUAUAUAAUAAGGAUAGAUGGAAAAAAUCGACUAU